GGAGGAAAAAAAAAAAAGAGAGAGAGAGAGAAAGAGAACGGAAGGGGUGAAGGAGGAGUAUAGCGAGGAAGACUGGCCCCGGGACAUUUGCAAAUCCUAGUGUGCCUUUGAAAGGUGGGGAGUCAGACAAAGCCAGAGCGACAGAAAAGCGGAUCUACUCCCAGCUGCAACAACAGGAGCUGCCUGGAACUGGAUAUCUACAUAGAUGUGUACGUACGUGCACACACAAGAAGAAUUCGAGCUGAAGCUAAUGGUAGGGAGAAAGGAUUUUGGCUGUGCAAAAAGCUAUGCGUUUCAGGCAUGAAACUAAAAACUGAAAGAAGAGGCUGUGCUCCCGGGGAUGUGUCAUCUUGGAAGGGAGAGAGGCAGGAAGGAAGGAAGAAAAGGGGGAAGAUAACUGGCAUGUGGAAGACGAUGGGAUUCUAACUCACUGCUGUGCAGAAGGGAAAUCCAACUUGUAGAUCUGAAAUACACCGGGCAGAGAUUGCAAAUGUGAUCGGAGCUGCGUUGAAACAGAGAAAGAGAAGAAAAGGGAGGCAGAGGCUGGAGAGCUUUUAUCCUUCUCCCUCUCUCUUUCCCUCUCUGCUCAAAGAAGAAAUAGAAGUUUAUCCGUCUUGGUGCUGCUGGAUCUUUAUAGCUGCUGGACAAAAGAUGGAGAGGAAGCUGAAAUGAAAAGCAGAGGGAAAUCAGUGCUUUCGAAUCAGAGCUAAGAAGACAAAUCACGCCUCCCCAGGCUUCUUUUGUGCCCCAUCGGGGGAGUUUUAACAUCAGAAAGAUUUUGAGAAGUGUGGGGAGCAAAGGGGAGAGUGGGCGUUAAAAACACCCAUCCUGAGUGUUUAAAAAAUAACAAGAGGAUGGAUUUAUUCUUGACAGCUGGUGGGAACCUUGAAUUUUUCUCUAUUCCCUCCCUCCUUCUUUCCAUUUAAUGUGAGAUUAUGAAAAUGCAGAGGAGUUGGAGAGAAGGCAAAAGGAUAUAAUGUGGAGUUGGAAGCGAGGAAGAGAGUGCUGAUGCUGUGGAUUGCUGACUUCUUGCUGAAAUCAAAAAUCCAAUUGCGCACUGGGUUGUGAUUGGAAAUCUAAUCAGAUCUCUGGAGAGAAGGGAGAGACACUAAAAGUUAUUGUAUUGACAUAUACAAAUAAAAAUUUAAUUGCAAACGGAGAUUCUAUCCUAAAGGAGUGUGGGGGAUAGGGAAAAAGAAGAAUGGGAAUCCCCAUUCUAACGUGGAGACACACAGAUUGGAUAAUUGAUAGUGCAGCAAAGAAGGGGGAACAAGAAAAUUGCCUGGCAAGACCUGGAUCUUAACAGUCACAACAAAAUUGCAUUAAAAUAAUACAAAUGGAGGGCUGCUUAAACAGAAAUACAGCUCUUUCUGCUCUCCAGAGAAAAAACAAAUAGUGAGCAAUGGAGAGCAGAGAAGCUAGAGUGGCAGAAAACCUCAUAAAAAGGGAAGUAGGCAAAGGAUCCACUGUGGAAUGAAAAGUUUCAGAAAGGAGAAAGACCAUUCAUCCUCUGCAAUAAUUUUUCUUUUUUUUCUUGGUGUUUUAAACCCCUCUUCUCCAGUGGAGCAAACAUCAUUAUUACCACUACAGCAAUUUUAAACAGAAAAGUUGAACACAACAGAGAAAAUAAAGGACAGAGAAGAAAAAAGCAAAAUUGCUGGUGGGAGAUAGUUCAGCAGUGUUGGGUUGGAUUGGUACCUGCAUGGACUGAAAUUGCUUGGAAAUUGCAGUUGGAUAUCUUUUAUUUUUGUUUCCUGUCUUGUUUUUAAUUUUGGUUUGGUUGCUGAAAUGAAAUAGUUUUCAUAACCCCUCCCCCACCCUGUUUUUUCAUAACCACUCGGAUUUCCAGCUGGAUAGUCUUUGAGGAUAUAGGUGAAUGCUGUGGGGUGGUCCAGGCAACUCUGUGGAACGUUCUCCAGUGGACUAGUAGGAUGAGAAGAUCCAAGAGUAGUUUGGGGAACAAGGAGAAACAUCACCUCUCAUGACGGUAAACCUACCGAAAAGAAUUUCUGGAGGGAAAGAUGCAAAAUGCAACUCUAAAAACUUCUAGGCAUGUGGAAACCUCAAACUGAAGUAAGAGGAAAAGAGAUUGUCAUCUCAGACUUCUUUCUACCAUAGUGCAUCUGCAUCACAACACCAGCAGUUCAUAUGGCAUCAUUAUAUACUGGUUGAAAAACACUGAGUGAAACAUUAGGAAUAUGGGAAUGAUCUUGGCUCACAGACUAUUCAAACUCCAGAAGGACCAACACUAGAUAAAUUAUGAAUGUUGAACAAGAUGACCUUACAUCCACAGCAGAUAAUGAUAGGUCCUAGGUUUAACAGGGCCCUAUUUGACCCCCUGCUUGUGGUGCUGCUGGCUCUUCAGCUUCUUGUGGUAGCUGGUCUAGUGAGGGCUCAAACUUGCCCUUCAGUCUGCUCCUGCAGCAACCAGUUCAGUAAAGUGAUUUGUGUACGGAAAAAUCUGAGAGACGUGCCAGACGGCAUCUCCACCAACACCCGGUUACUCAACCUCCAUGAGAACCAGAUCCAAAUCAUUAAAGUGAACAGCUUCAAGCAUCUGAGGCACUUAGAAAUACUGCAGCUCAGCAGAAAUCACAUCAGAACAAUUGAAAUAGGGGCCUUCAAUGGUCUGGCCAAUCUUAAUACUUUGGAACUCUUUGACAAUCGUCUAACCACUAUCCCAAAUGGGGCUUUUGUAUACUUGUCAAAACUGAAGGAACUUUGGUUGAGAAACAACCCCAUUGAGAGCAUACCUUCUUAUGCUUUUAACAGAAUCCCUUCUCUCCGGAGAUUGGAUUUGGGAGAAUUGAAAAGGCUUUCAUACAUCUCAGAAGGUGCCUUUGAAGGUCUGUCCAACUUAAGAUAUUUGAACCUUGCCAUGUGCAAUCUGCGAGAGAUUCCUAACCUCACCCCACUUGUAAAACUGGAUGAGUUAGACCUUUCCGGGAAUCACUUGACUGCCAUCCGGCCAGGUUCCUUCCAAGGGUUAAUGCAUCUUCAGAAAUUGUGGAUGAUACAGUCCCAGAUUCAAGUGAUAGAAAGGAAUGCUUUUGAUAACCUUCAAUCACUUGUGGAGAUCAAUCUGGCACACAACAAUCUAACACUACUGCCUCAUGACCUGUUCACACCACUUCGUCUAGAAAGGAUCCACUUGCAUCACAAUCCUUGGAACUGCAACUGUGAUAUCCUUUGGCUCAGCUGGUGGAUUAAAGACAAGGCACCUUCUAAUACUGCAUGCUGUGCCCGUUGCCACACACCUCCCAGUUUGAAAGGAAGGUACAUUGGUGAGCUGGACCUGAACUACUUCACGUGCUAUGCUCCGGUCAUAGUGGAGCCACCAGCAGACCUGAACGUCACGGAAGGCAUGGCUGCAGAGAUGAAAUGCCGGGCAUCAACCUCCUUGACCUCUGUAUCUUGGAUUACUCCAAAUGGAUCUGUUAUGACACACGGGGCAUACAGAGUUCGGAUUGCUGUGCUCAGUGAUGGCACAUUAAAUUUUACAAAGGUAACUGUGCAAGACACGGGUUUGUAUACAUGCAUGGUGAGUAACUCUGUUGGGAAUACUACAGCUUCUGCCACACUGAAUGUGACUGCCCUGGAUAACCCCGGCUAUACAUAUUUUUCAACUGUCACAGUAGAGACUGUGGAACCUUCUCAGGAUGAGGCACAGACAACAGAGCAGGUUGGGCCCACACCAGUUACCAACUGGGAGACCACUAACAUGACAACCUCACUCACUCCACAGAGCACAAGGUCAACAGAAAAAACGUUCACCAUUCCUGUGACGGACGCAAACAAUGGGAUCCCAGGAAUAGAUGAGGUUAUGAAGACUACUAAAAUCAUAAUUGGUUGUUUUGUGGCUAUCACUCUCAUGGCUGCUGUGAUGCUGGUAAUUUUCUACAAAAUGAGGAAACAGCAUCACCGGCAAAACCAUCAUGCUCCAACACGGACUGUAGAAAUCAUAAACGUGGAUGAUGAGCUUACAGGUGACACACCCUUAGAGAGUCACUUGCCCAUGCCAGCAAUUGAGCAUGAGCACCUAAAUCACUAUAACUCUUAUAAGUCUCCUUUCAACCACACAACAACAGUUAACACAAUAAAUUCAAUACACAGUUCAGUGCAUGAACCGUUAUUGAUCCGAAUGAACUCAAAAGACAAUGUACAAGAGACUCAAAUCUAAAACGUUUAUGACAUUAUGGGGUGGGGGUGGGAAAAACAAAAUAUGGUUUAUAAAACAAAUGACACAAAUGACUGGGCUUAAUCUACUGUUUCAAAAAGUGUCUUUACAAAGAAAAAGAAAUUUAUUUAUUAAAAAUUCUAUUGUGAUCUAAAGCAGACAAAAUUAUGUGUAUUCCUCAGAACCUCUUUUUGCUGCACUUAUUUACCCUCCUCCUCCCCUUUUUAAUUCCCUGCCAACCCUGGUUCCCAUUUGCCAUAUUUUUCAUAGGAGAUCUUGAUUCCCUACACGAACUGGCCUAGGAAAUUUUGUAAGAAUUCUGUUACACUUUGGGAAUUUUUAUGGUGAAUUCUAGUGGUGAGAUUCAGUCUAUUUUGUCACUUCUUUUUCUCUUCUUUUGUUUUCUCAUGCCCUUUAUGAAAUUAUUCAACAGGGAAUGGAAUAUUAGCGGCAACUUUACAAGUGAGCAAACAUACAAGCAAAACUUUUUUUCCUCCAUGUAAUGAUUUGAAUAUUUGCUCUGUAUUUACCAAAAGGAGCAUUCUGUAGAAAAAAAAAAAAAGGAAGAAAAAGUAAAUAAUAAAAUAAAAUUAAUUUACUUGUGAAAACCUAUAAAACCCAUGAUCUUUUAAGAAAUUCUAGAAUCAGAAUUUGUAGUUCAAACACUAAACUAAGAUUAUAAAUAAAAUACUGUUGUUUUUUUUUUUCUG